UUAACGAGUCGUUUGAGCGAACCUAUUCCAAGCGAUUCGAUACAGGCAGAAAUAUGUGUCUCAAAUAGUGUUUAAUGCAAAUCUCAUUAACUUUUAGCUUCUUUUAAUUUUGAAUAUUAAAAGCAAACUCUAAUCGGUUUGCUCAAUUGCUGUGUGUGUUUGCCAGCUUAAAAUAUUUCACCUGCGUCUACGCUUACUGUGCACUGCUGUUUUUUGUUGUUGUUUGUUCCACUUGUUUCGUUAUUUGUGUACAAGGACGUUGCUGGGACGCUGUUUACGUUGUGCUCGUCCUUGCUGGUGAAGGCGCAACAAUUAGAACGCGCAACAAGGCGGCCACAAGCAAAGCAGUCAAAAAAUACCAAAAAUAAAAAAUACCAAAACUAUAACUUCAUAUUAUGGAAAAUACGCACAAUGCUACAGUCGCCUCCAACGCCGCUGCCACCACCGCCGCCAGCAGCAGCACCGCCGACGACAAUGACAGCGAUAAUGAUGUGGUCACCGAUUUUCUAAAUUCCAAUUGCAACAGUAACGGCGUCGCCGACGUGUCUGCGCCUCCACCGGUACCACUCACUCCCAUUACAAAUGGUGCCACAGCCAAAAUAUUGAGCCCUGCCCCGCGCGUUACCGUGGAAAGCCAAAAUUAUUGUAUACCCGUUAUCAAUGCACCUGCGGCAGCUGCCCUGCCCUGUAUUAAUAACAACAACAACAGCAAUAGCAACAAUUCGCACCACCAGCCCAACAACAACAACAUGAUACCCACUAUCAAUGUGACACCCCACAGCCCUGCGUCGGCCUCUAAGUACAAUAACAUAUUUGAGGACACUCUGAGCCAACUGCAAAACAUACGUGAAACGGUGCAACAAAUGAAAAACUCCUCCAGCCAGCAUCAACAAGAUAGUCUGGCCAACAAUUAUGGAUUGCUCAAUGCGGCCAUACUUAGCGCAUCGCUGCCCGAUCUCACUAAUGUGGGCGCUUGCGCCGGUGGCGGCAGCAAUGUAGGUGUCAUGUGGUCAGCGGCACCACAACAAUGCCUGCUACUGCACACGGAUCGCCGCAAGUCUUGGACGGCCGUGGACGAUGCCAAUGCCACGGGCGAUUGCACCAACAAGAGCGUCAGCCUCUCCAGUCUUGACAGCGAGGAGCAGGAAACCAUUCGUGUCACCGAACAGCGUCGGCGCUCAGCGCGCAACAGCACGGGUGGCAUUUCAACGCACUCGCUGAACGAGGCGGAGCUGGCCCGAGAUUUUGAGCGAAUUGCCGCAAAGAGGAGUCUGGCCACGGAAAUAAUCAGCCGGAUACCGUUGCAGAAAAGCAUCUCGACGUCGUCGAUUAUUGCCAAGGAGGACAUCAAGGCCAUAUCGCGCCAUCUCACAGAUAGCGAAGAUGAGAAUCAGAGUCUGUUACGUUCGCAUGCCAAGAUCGAGGUCUAUGAUCACGUAGAGAAGCGACCCAAGCGCGGCUCCCUGUUCUUUCGCAAAAAGAAGCCCAAGGCCAAGACGAAGUCGUUAGUGGGUGGUGUCCAACUGAACGACAUGGAUGCGCAUCUCGAACGCAAGAAACUGACAUCGGGUCAGGACUACUGCGAUGGCUCUGAGGCGCUGCAACAGCAUCAACAACAGCAUCUGCUAGAGCAGGAGGAUCAACAGCCGCUCAUACGCGCCGCCGAGCUGCAGUUUCUCAAUGAGCCGCCCAUUGAGGCGCAGGAUUUGGGCGCCGAUCCAGCUUUAGGCAUUGUGCUGCAGGAACCCGACUCCUGGACGCCCAAUGUGCCCAAGGAGCAGCUGAAAACGCUUAAAGAGCUACAAAUCAAGCGUCAGGAGCAUAUCUACGAAUUCAUUAUGACCGAGAAGCAUCACUGCCAGACGCUGAUUGUAAUGCGCAAAGUCUUUGUGGAGAGUCUAGAGCGGCAUUUUCCGGCACUCAAUACGCACAGCAUGUUCCCCCGCCUGCAGCAGUUGACCGAGUUGCACACUUGCUUUUUACGCCAGCUGCGCCAGAAACAGCGCGAACAUCUACUGGUGGACAGCAUUGCGGACAUACUGCUUGAGUUCUUCUCGCUGGAACAGGCUCAAUGCCUGCGCUUGGCCUAUGGCGAAUUUUGUGCCAAUCAUCGCACCGCCCUCGAACAGUUCAAGCAGUGCCUGUCGGAGCCCAGUUUUGCCGAAUGGUAUAAGCAUUGCCUGCAGAAUCCGUUGCUCAAAAAGAAGGGCAUACCGGAGUGCAUAUUGUUUGUGACACAGCGUCUGACCAAAUAUCCGUUGCUGAUCGAACCGCUGCUCAAGAGCGCACGGGAUAAUAAGCUGGAGACGGACAAGUUGCAGCAUGCCUUGAAUCUAGUUAAAUCGCUACUGGUCGAUGUGGAUGCUUGUGUGGCGGAGAAAGAGCUGCGUGAACGACAGCUGGAGAUUUAUGGUCGCGUCGAUGCCAAAUCUUUUGCUAUAUAUAAAAAUAAACCCUUUCGCAAAACCGAACUGGGCGUGGAGUCGCGACGUCGCCUAAAGUUCGAUGGGCUGGCCACGCUGAUGCAGGGUCGCGCCAAGACCCAACUGGUCUUGGUUGUGGUCCUUACGGACUGCCUGUGCUUUCUCAGCGAAAAUUCGGCGCAUAACAAAUACGCAUUCUUUACGCCGGAGCACAAGGCGGGCGUGGUGCCGCUACAGAAGUUAUUGAUACGCGAGAAAGCUGGCACCGAAUCGCGCGGUAUUUACAUAAUCAGCUCCAAUCCCGAUUUUCCCGAAAUGUAUGAGCUCAAGGUGCAAACGCCAAAGGAUAAACAAACCUGGAUACAGAGCAUCCGGCAAGCGGUGCUCGAUUGUCCCGCCACGGAUGUUAUUGAAGCGGAGGCUCUCACCGCCGAGGAGAAGCUGCGCAUUGGCGUCAACAAACGCGAGACCAUUGAGAAGAUGCGUCAAAAGGACAUCGAACAGGCGCUGCUGCUAGAGGAGAAGCUGUUGCUUCAGUUCAAUCUGCUGAAGCAACAGCAACCGUUUGGGGAUCUAAAUACGGCCAAUAUGAAUGGAAGUGCAGCCAAUUUUCUGGCCGCCUUUGGGUCCUACAAGGAGCUGGUCAGCACAGACUGCGACACCACGGAGCUCUGGCGUCGCGUGCUCAACACCGUGCAGGAUAUAAGCCAGCUGGCGGCGAGCAUUUAUAGCGCCGCCACGGGCCUACCCGUCUCGCGCACCGUUAGCAGCGUGGGUGAGAAACAGAGCGUGCUCUAUGCCUCACCCACGCUGCCAAAGCGCGCCGAAACUUUUGCCGGUUUUGAUGAGAAGCGUGGCAAGCUGGGCCGCGAUGCCAAACUAACGCCGCGACUGCAGGAGCUGGAGGAGAAGCGUGAGCUGAAAACGCAAACGCCCACAGAGACGCCACCGCCACCGCCACAGCUGCAAUUGCAGCUGCAUGCAAGCACGCUGCCCGCCAACAGCAAGGAGCAUAACUAUGCGGUGCUGCAGGUCUCGCAUCAUCUGCACACGCUCCUCUGCAUCAUCUCGCAGCAGAUGACCUGCAUACAGAGUCUGCAACUGCAGCUGGCCCUGUAUCGCGAAUCGCCGCGGAAUAGCAGCGGCGGUGGUGGUGGCGGCGGCGGUAGCAGUGGUGGUGGUGGUAGCGGCGCCUCUGCAUAUACGCACAAGGAUCAGCUGGAGGAGCUGCGAAAUUUGCAGGAUAAACUGCAGGAGGAGAAGACCGCCUGGCUGCGACAAAGGCAACAGCAAAUGGACGAACUGGUCGAAAUGCGUGCCCAGCAGCUGCAACUGCAGCAGCAGAUCAAGGCCGAACAGGAGGAUGUGCGUCAGCAGCGCGAGCAGCUGUAUCGCAAAAUGGAGCUCCUGUCCAGUCAGGGUCUGUUGCUAUCGCCCAGCACGCCGCUGCCAACGCUAUCGCCAGCGGUGGCGCCCGUCGCAGUGCCCGAGGAUGCACACGAGCUGGACACGCCCACCGGAUCAAUGGGCGGCACAUUAACUGCCUCCACAAUUGAUCGACGCAAGGAGAAGUGGCUCAGCGGCAGCUCUAAUUGCAAAACUCCGCCGGUUCAUUUGCUUAGCGCCAACAAUGCACCCAAGGCGAACUCAACGCUGGUCAAACAAAAGCUGCCCAUGAAGCUGUCCUCAUUGUCCUCCGGUACGCGUGUGGACAAAUCCGCCAGCUUCAACAAUAGCUCCAAUAGUGGAGCUGUCGCCUCGCCAGCUGCUGCCUCUAGUGCCAGCGGCGGGGUUCAGCAAUUGUUUCCACUCAAACUGGCCGAUAAGCAGCGUCAAAUGGCCACGCCCACGCCGCAACAUGCGCGCACCGGUAGCUCACCGGCCAUCAUACAACAAGCCACAACGCCUGUCGCCGUCGCCGCGCCAAAUACGGCUGGUCACUACGCAGGGCAUUCCGCAGCCGCACAGCAGCAGCAGCGUCUGGGGCAAACGCCCACGAGCAGCCGCAAUGCGCAUGUAUCAGCAGCGCGCGCCACAGCUACUCCUUUGGCCAAUUCCGGGCAGGCUCCACGCGCAAGGCCCGAGGAGGAGGAGAUUUACUUCUGACGCAAAUUCACGCCAGAGGUCGAAAUAUAAAGCCCAAAAAUAACAUUCCAAUUGCAGCUCAAAAUAUGGUAUAAUUUGCCCAAAAACUAGUUAUUCAACUUACCCAAUCAAUUCCCAUGGCUUGUUUCGGUUUUCGUUGUUCCGUUCCGUGCGUUCCAUUCCAGUAUUUCACGCGUGCGACUUGAAUAAUGAAUUAAUUAAUAGCGAGGAUAAUUUUAAAUUAAAAUUCUUUCCAUUUACAUUUGAAAAUUCGCUUAGCUUUUCGUUCUGUCGAUUUUGUGUUUUGUUCCAUUUUGAGAGACUAUGAGAGUGAUUAGAUAUGUUAUAUUUAAAAGUCCAAAUUUAGUUAAAGGAUAUCAGUCCGUUCAGUACAAUUUUUAAUUGUAUGUAAUUAUAAAACUGCGUGUUUCAUUCCAGUAUUCCAUAUAACAGACAAAGAGAUAACUUUAAAAUAUCUACA